AUGGCGGCGUCUUUCUUUGCUCUGCGAAGCAGCCGUCAGCUGGUGCUGCGGUCGCGUGUGCGCGCUGGUCCUUCCUCAGUGGCACUGCGUUCUGCUUCAAUUUCGCCCUUGAACAUUACCCGACGUGGUCUGAACACUCAACAGUCCCAACAAUCUACUGCUCGUCGUGGUGUCUAUACUAGCUCCGUUACCGCCCAUGGUGACCCCCACCCAGAGGAUAUUUUCCAGCCUCUCGAUACAUUCCCCCGACGUCAUAUUGGUCCUUCUCCCGAUGCUGCUGCCGAUAUGCUGGCUGUGCUGGACCCCCCAGCUGCCAAUUUGGACGAAUUCGUUAAGCAGGUCCUUCCUGAGGAUAUCCUGUCUAAGAAGAACUUGACAGUCACCGAGCCCAACCGCGAUAUCAACCUUUACCGCUCCAGUGUGCAGGGUGGUCUAGGUGAAACCGAUAUGCUGAAGCUGCUGGACACCUAUCGCAAGGAGAUUGAUGUCUCUGGAAAGACUUACAUCGGAACUGGUUACUACCCAACUAUCGUGCCCCCCGUUAUCCUCCGAAAUGUCCUCGAGAACCCCGCUUGGUACACUAGUUACACUCCCUACCAACCCGAGAUCAGCCAGGGUCGCUUGGAGUCUCUGCUUAACUUCCAGACUCUCACCGCAGAUCUGACCGGUCUUCCCUUCGCCAAUGCCUCCGUUCUGGACGAGGCCACGGCCGCCGCCGAGGCCAUGACCAUGUCUUUCGCCACCAUGCCUACCUCGAAGCAGAAGAAGGCUGACAAGUCCUUCGUUGUAUCUCACCUGUGCCACCCCCAGACCAUUGCCGUUAUGCAGUCGCGUGCUGAGGGAUUCGGAAUCAACUUGGUUGUGGGUGACAUUCUGGCGGAUAACUUCAAGCUGGUUAAGGACCAGAAGGAUCACUUGAUUGGUGUUCUGGCUCAGUACCCCGACACCGAGGGUGGUGUUUACGACUUCCAGUCUCUCGGUGACUCUAUUCACGGACAGGGCGGUACUUUCAGCGUUGCUACCGAUCUGCUCGCUUUGACUGUUCUCAAGGCUCCUGGUGAGUUCGGUGCCGAUAUCGCCUUCGGUAGCGCCCAGCGAUUGGGUGUACCCAUGGGCUUCGGUGGUCCCCACGCCGCUUUCUUCGCCUGCGCCGACAAGUACAAGCGUAAGGUUCCCGGUCGUGUCGUUGGUGUGUCUAAGGAUCGUCUCGGCAACCGUGCCCUGCGUCUUGCCCUGCAGACCCGUGAGCAGCACAUCCGUCGUGAGAAGGCUACUAGCAACAUCUGUACCGCACAGGCUCUGCUUGCCAACAUGACUGCUAUGUACGCGAUCUACCACGGUCCCGUUGGCCUCAAGUCCAUUGCUCAACGUAUCAUGUCCAUGACUGCUCUUCUGCGCCAGAAACUCGUUGGCCUCGGUUACAACGUUCCUGUCCGCUCCAACAUCGAGGGCGAGGCUGUCUUUGACACUCUUGCCAUCGAGCUGGGAGACGCCUCUGAGGCUGAUGCCAUUGUUGCUGCCGCUCGCGAUGCUUCCAUCUUUCUGCGUCGUCUUGGUGGAAACAAGGUCGGUCUUUCUCUCGACGAGACUACUGGCCGCGAGGAGAUCAAGGAUAUCCUGAAGGUUUUCGCUACCCACAAGUCUGCUGGCCCUGUUGAGGUCGAUGGAACCCUUUCUGUGGCCUCCGUCCCCUCCACUCUUGAGCGUACCUCCGCUUUCAUGACUCACCCUGUUUUCAACACCCACCACUCUGAGACCGAGAUGCUGCGUUACAUCCGUCACCUUGAGUCCAAGGAUCUGUCUCUGGCUCACUCCAUGAUUCCCCUGGGAUCUUGCACCAUGAAGCUCAACGCUACCACCGAGAUGAUCCCCGUUUCCUGGCCCGAGUUCUCCAACAUCCACCCCUUCAUGCCUGCUGACAAGGCUAAGGGAUACAUUCAGAUGAUUGAUGAUCUUGAGCAGCAGCUCGCUGAUAUCACUGGAAUGGCCGAGGUCACUGUCCAGCCCAACUCUGGUGCUCAGGGUGAGUUCGCUGGUCUCCGUGUUAUCAAGAAGUUCCAGGAGGCCACUGGCAGCAGCCAGCGCAACGUUUGCUUGAUUCCCGUUUCCGCUCACGGUACCAACCCUGCCAGUGCCGCUAUGGCUGGUAUGCGUGUUGUCACCAUCAAGUGUGACACCAAGACCGGUAACCUGGAUCUGGCUGAUCUCAAGGCUAAGUGUGAGAAGCACAAGGACGAGCUUGCCGCUUUCAUGAUUACCUACCCCAGCACCUUCGGUGUGUUCGAGCCCGGUGCCAAGGAGGCUUGUCGCCUUGUUCACGAGUUCGGUGGUCAGGUCUACAUGGACGGUGCCAACAUGAACGCCCAGAUUGGUCUCUGCUCUCCUGGUGAGAUCGGUGCCGAUGUCUGCCAUCUUAACCUGCACAAGACCUUCUGUAUUCCUCACGGAGGUGGUGGUCCCGGUGUUGGCCCCAUUGGUGUCGCCGAACACCUGCGUCCCUACCUUCCCUCCCACCCCACCAGCGAGUACCUGCAGGCCAAGCGUGGUGACAACUCUUCUCCCCCCAUCAGUGCCGCUCCCUGGGGUAGCGCUAGCAUCCUCCCCAUCACCUUCAACUACAUCAACAUGAUGGGCGACCGUGGCCUGACCCACGCUACCAAGAUCACCCUCCUGAACGCCAACUACAUCAUGUCCCGCCUUAAGCCUCACUACCCCAUCCUGUACACCAAUGAUCACGGCCGUUGUGCGCACGAGUUCAUCCUUGAUGUCCGCGGCUUCAAGGAGACCUGCGGUGUCGAGGCCAUCGAUAUUGCCAAGCGUCUUCAGGACUACGGCUUCCACGCCCCCACCAUGUCCUGGCCCGUCGCCAACACCCUAAUGAUCGAGCCUACCGAGUCCGAGAACAAGGCCGAGUUGGACCGCUUCAUCAACGCCUUGAUCUCCAUCCGUGGUGAGAUCGCCGAGGUUGAAGCCGGCAAGCAGCCCCGUGAGGGCAACGUUCUCAAGAACUCUCCCCACACCCAGCGCGACCUCCUGUCCGCUGAGUGGGACCGCCCUUACACCCGUGAGCAAGCCGCUUACCCUGUGUCCUGGUUGCUGGAGAAGAAGUUCUGGCCCUCUGUGACUCGUGUUGAUGAUGCUUUCGGUGACCAGAAUCUGUUCUGUACUUGCGGCCCUGUCGAAGACAGCGAAUAG